AUGUCGUCAAUUGCGCGGCCACCAGACCCAUGCCUGGUGGCCAUUAUCCUCAUUGUGCGAUCACGCACCGGUCCCCGACUCGUCUUCCACUACCCUCCGAAUCCACUCAGCGAGAAUCGAUUGAAAACAACCCUCAAGGGCGGGCGACGCACCUCUCGCGCGCGGAAUCGACAAGGCGCUAGGAACACGGACUCGAGCUCCAGCGAUGAUAGCGGGCUGAGUUCGGAUGAAGAGGAGGAGGAAAGAGAGCGCGAAAACCAGAAUCCUACUGCUCAGGCAAUCCCGGGCCAGACACAGAGCGGCAGCCAUCCGACGGCGCCGAGCUUGCUGCUGGCCCGCCGCGCGAGUAACUUUGGCAUCGUCGAUGACAGUGUGAAUAUUGCUGUGUCGCCUGGUACGGUCCCGACGGAACCACCACGCCCUGGGUCUCUAGGGUCUGGCCGGGGGUCGUCGCUGCGGAAGCGGGGUGGUGCUGGGUCUGACCCUGAGGAUGAUGGGGCGUCGGAUCGGGAUGGUGCUAGCGGAUCAUCGGGGGCACCUUGGGUGUCACUUUUGGGUCUACCAGGGAGUGUGUGGGAGAAGCUACUGAGUCCAUCGCGAUCGUGGCAUAAACGGCGAUUCGAAGUGGGGAUCAAUGAUCUCGCGCUUAUCGGAUGGCCUGUCUUUGUGCGGGAGGAUGGAACCUGGCGCAAGCAACGGCGGAAGAAGAAAAAGAAGAAGAAUCGCUCUGAAUGGGAUGGUGGGGAGCUGGGCCAUAAUGAGAUUGAGGGCGCCGGAGAUGAGGAUGGUGUUACUUCGCCUGAUAUGGAGGCUAGUAUUGCUACCAUUUCUGAACUGACGCUUUCUCCGACUGAGACUAAGCGCCACUCUACGACCAGUGUGAAGCUUGGGAAGCAGACAGAUGAUCCCGAGGAUAAAGACCAUAUGACUAUGUUCAAUGUGGUCUUUGUGAUGGAUCCACCUCUGCUUGAGUACUCGGGCCGAGUCAAAGAGAUCUACGAGAAUGCUAUCAAGAAGUUUGCAAAAGCUUUGAAAUGGGAGCAGGCCCGGACGGAUUAUGUGUGGAAAGAAUCGCAGCAUAUACUGUCUUUACGGCGAAAGGCUCGAGAGUCAAAAACCUCGAUCCACAAGCUUUACGCUGAUUUGAUAAACCAGUCUUCUCUGGCCAGGGCAAUCUAUACAGUUUAUACCAGCAUAUCUGCAUCUAAGAUUGCCUCCGUAUCACUCAGUCCCGACGUUUCCAUCUCGCUACAGAUUCCCCCGCUGACUUCCACGCCAUACCUUGCUGGCCCUGCGGACAAAUCAUAUCCAGGUCUCUGGUUGACAACGGCCGACAGUGCAACCCCAGUGGAUGAACCUGGUAUUGACGAUAUCAAUUCGCCCCACCAAGUACUUGCAAAACACUUUGCACUGCUUCUGCUCGAUAGCGAGGCAUCUAUUAUCAAAGACGUUGAGGCUUCUGGCGGUACUCUUGCCACGGCAUUGGCACACUACAUCCGCUGUUCGAAGCCGACGAAGUCUUUCGCCCAAAUUUCGUUAUCAUCUGGAAUCCCACUUUCCACUAUCCAGAUGCUGGCUAGCCAUUUGGUCUAUUGGCGUCGUGCCCGAGCCAUACCUCCCAUUCACCAGCGAGAUACAUACAUUGUUUCUCCGAAUUGCGAUCUGAGCAAAUUGGAAAUAGCGACUAUUGCAUAUCAGGCAGCAUUUCCCACAGUUCCCAGUCUCCCAAAGAUGCUCUCCUCGCUGAGCGGCACCCCUCGCCCUUAUGGGAGCUUCAUUCCCAGUAAAGACCACAAGGAAACAUACUUCUCUAUUCUUGCAUGGCUUCUGCGUGGUGGUUGGGUAACACAGUUACGUACCUUCGCCCGCAUCAAAGUGACCCCCGAGAUCAAACUGGCCGUGGAAAUGGCUCUUCGAAAAGAAGAAGUGGACCGCUACCUUGCCAAAGGCAAUACCAGCUCCCUUGCCGAUGUGGACACAGACAGUUCGGAUGAUGACGCAAAUUCUUCGUCCUCAUCCUCACUCGCCAGUCACGGCAGCGGAGACGAUACGCCCAUGCCGGGUCGCGUCGACCCGCACGCACAGCUCCGCACCUCGCACAAGCUAUUAGACCGGUCCACUGCGCUGCGGCAGUCAACUUUGAUUUUAUCUCCGCACCGUGCUUCCCCACUCGAAUCCAGAUGGCUAGACGAGAUUGUCGCCCGAUUCCCCGAGAAGCCCGAAGACGAGCAACUCCUCGAAGGUGUGAGCCCGGAACUGGCGCCGAAGGAUUUUCAAAAACUCCAAAGUCUACUGAAGAUGUACUGGCCGUCAUUUUUGAAAUACUUCAACGGACAUGAUGCAUUGGAGAAGAUCUCCGUGCGGGAGAAUCUGAAGCGUAAAUUAGUGUGGCGCGUCCUCACCCGCCUGGGCUUUAUAGGGCCGACAGGGUCAGUCGAGCUAGACGCGCGCGAACAGGUACUUGUCAGUGUUCGGCAUUGGUAG